CCCCGAGAUGACUUGUACACGUGUCCUGCUGGCGGCAUCGGCCACUCCUCACGCGACCCGUCCGACUCCGCGCCAGUGCUUCUCUGGCACCCCCCGGUCUACACCUGGGACACGAAACCUUUCCACACCCGAGGAGCCGGCAGAAUCCGCGCGUCGAUUCAAGCCACCGCCAUGGUGUGGACCACCUGCACGUGCAAGGUCACCCUGAUGUCCAUCUUCCUCGUCGGCUCCGUCCUCGUCAUCUGCCUCAACCAGGAGGUGUUCGAGAUCGCCAUAACCAAGCGCGGGGAAAACUUUGACUUUAGGGAGGACCCGCGAUUUCACGUCGACUGUCCCGCCAUCAUCGGCGGCGACGAGGAGACGUGGGCCGAGGCAUCGCUUCUGACGAAGACCGUCGAGUUCAGGAGACGCUGGCGGCUCAACGAGAGCGAGUGCGUGAGGAUGACGCGCGACUGCGACGCGUUCAAGCGCGACAGGAGGUACGUGACGGUGCCGCUGAGCGAGGAGGAGGCGGCCUUCCCCAUCGCCUACUCCGUGGUGGCCCACCACCGCGUGGACAUGCUGGAGCGGCUGCUGCGCGCCAUCUACGCGCCGCAGAACGUCUACUGCCUCCACGUGGACCAGAAGUCGCCGCCGCCCUACCAGGAGGCGGUGCGUGCUCUCGCCGCGUGCUUCCCCAACGUCUUCCUGGCCAGCCGGCAGGAGCGGGUGGUCUACACCUCCUGGUUGCGCGUGCAGGCCGACCUCAACUGCAUGCGGGACCUCGUGGCGGCGCCGCAGCCCUGGAAGUAUUUCAUCAACCUGUGCGGCCUCGACUUCCCCAUUAAAACCAACCUGGAGAUGGUGCGAGCGCUGCGCGCCCUCAACGGCGAGAACAGCAUGGAGUCCAUGCACACUCCCGGCGGCAAGGUGGGCCGGUGGCAGAUACGCCACGAGAUCGUGAACGACGGCCUGCGCUCCACGGGCGAGAAGAAGUCCCCUCCGCCCAUCCCCACGCCCAUGUUCUCCGGGAACGCGUACAUCGUGGUGACGCGCGCCUUCGUGGAGCACGUGCUGAGCGACCCCACGGUGCAGGUGCUCAUCGAGUGGGAGAAGGACACGUUCAGCCCCGACGAGCACCUGUGGGCGACGCUGCAGCGCCUGCCCGGGGUGCCCGGCUCCUCGCCGCCGCACGACAAGUACGACGUGGAGGACAUGAUGGCCAUCGCGCGCCUCGUGCGGUGGUCCUACAUGGAGGGCGACACGCUGCAAGGGGCCGCCUACCCGCCCUGCCGCGGCACCCACAUGCGAGCCAUCUGCAUCAACAGCGCCAAGGACCUGGCGUGGGUGCUCAAGCAGCGGCAUCUGUUCGUCAACAAGCUGGACUCGGACGUGGACGAGCUGGCCGUGCACUGCCUGGAACGGCACCUGAGGCGCAAGGCGUUGCGCCAGGUGUUCUCGCCCUCUGGCCUGCUCGGGACUCUGUCCGGCACGUGGCGGGGCCCUUGAGCGGCCAUCCCUCCCCUCCCGCGUGCCCCGGCCCCUGUGAGUGGCGAGGUCGCUCGAUCUCAACUCGGUUUAACUCGCCGCGCUCGACGAGGCGAUAGGUCAUCGUCGUCCUCGUUUGCGCCCGUGACGUUCGCGGCCUUUUUACCUCGUCGUGCAAUCGAAUUCCUCGAAUUCGCGUCUGGCUGUAGUCGAUUGUGAUUAACUGCGUAGUCCCUAACGAUAGCGCACAUGUUUAAUGAGCCAAACUAUCAGCAGACGAAGUAAACAAGUAUAACCCGUAAAAACAAAGUUUUUCACUAUAAAUCCUUUAUAUGCGUGGCGGCUAGAGUCCUCUCGUCCUCUGGCUUGAGAUGGCUGCCACCUAUGGGUCAGAUGAUUGCAUGGCAGCAUUAAGCAAUUGGUAAUUAAAUAUAUAUAUAUUUUUGUCCUAAAAAGUGUCAAAUUUAGGAAAAAAAAUUUCACGAACAUUAAUUGUCACGCACAACGAGUCUGUGGAAAAUGUCAGCUCGAUUGGAUCACGGGAAGUGGGUUAAAAAAAACGACCGAAAGAUUUGCACGGUCCUAAGCAAGCAAGCAAGUGAACUUAAUAUAAAGGAUUUAAAAUGACAUCGUUGUGGAUGAUGUAAAUAAAUAAUGACGAAAGCCGAUUACGUCUCCUUCCCACCGCAGGUCUCUGCGCAUGGACAAUAGUGGUGGUGGUGGUCUCACGAUCCGGCGUUGAUCCGGUUACGACGUCGUGUUUCGUAAGCAGAGUCCGGCUUAAUUGCAUCAUUGAAUGCGGUUCUUUUAUCGUUCACGCGGAGAGACGGAUUUGGAAAGGAGACAUUGUUUUACCGACUCGGUUACAGAAUGUGUCGCCGUGGUGAGAGUGGGAGGGGUAGUGCACAUCUUUCCAGAUAGACAAUCGCCCGAUGAGGUUUGGCGAAUGACUCCAGUUAAUUCGCUCACGAGGUGCACGGUCGUUUGUCGAGGGUUGGUGUUCAAGUUGCUCCUAUGCAAGCGCCUCCAUGUUCAGGCUGCGAUUCGCCACGGGAGGUCUCACGAGUUUUAAACUUUGUCAUUACGAUUUCGGUAGUUUACCCAGGAAAGCUUCACAAACUGUCACCACUUGUUUUCAGGUGGGUCAUGUCAAGUAUUCACAGGAGGACGGCACUUGCUGCUGCUGCCGUCUGCGAUCCCAAUUGUGUAAUAGGAAAGGUAAGUUGUAAGCAUUGUGAUCUUUUGGCCCCUACCAGGUACGUUGUGGUGUUAUUUGGGUGUUCUGGCUACGGGAGGAAACCUAUUCAGAGCAGGGUGGAGAACAAACACAGGCGACCGAAGGUGGAAAUUGAACCCAGCGAGGCCCAUUCUUGCUGGGAGGAGGCACGAGUGUGACUACUGCCCCCACCUUGUUCCAGCAGCAGCAUCAUUAACCGUGAUCAAGCCACUUCUGGAUGACAGUCCACCCCAAGCCGUCGCCAUCUCACAGGACCCGAGGAUGUAGCAUUACGCUUCCCGAAUCGCCCUCGCACAUUGAAGAGCACUUGGUCACCAUGUGUGACGUCACAGCGGCGUGAAGGCCACGAUUACACGAGACGGACUCGAUGCGUCAAUCUAUUGGUCUGGAAAACCCACAAAAUGCAUUUUUUUGCGCGUGGAGACGGAACGGAGCUCUGCACGUAAGCUCAUGAAUGGUUAAUUAUUUUCUCUCAGCGGUCAAGGACCAGAGCGAUUUACUACUCGAAUGAGCAUCGAGGCGGUGCACCUCUGCCGUUCCAAGCUUUGAACCAGUGGUGUAAGUGCCAAAUUGCUUUGGGGGCGGGGGUGAAUCUAUAAAUACGGGCAGUCACUUUUGACUUCCCCGCAAAAUGCUACUAAUUUUAUUGACUCCGGACCAUGAGGAUGAUGGGCUGAGCAUGAUGAGCUUUUUUUUUCCAUCUCUAUUGAAUCUCAAAGUGGUGUCAGACAGUCCGCGACACGCAGGCUGACUGCGUGUCCCUCGACACGCAGACUGACUGCGUGUCCUUCGACACGCUGUCUGCGUGCGCGCGCGCUGUUACCCACAGAAAAUGAGUCCGUCUGGGGAGCAGUCGUCUUGCAGUGGUUAUCGCAUUUCGCUUUCGAUUCCCGCUCGCCACCAAUAACAGUGGAACAUUUGAGCCGGUCCUCGGCCUCCAAAAGGUCGACUCGGCCUUAAUUGAGUACCUGAUGGGAUGUGAAUACAUCUUGGGGAGACAAAGGCGACCGGGCGCAGUGCUGGCCACCCACUAUCUCUUGUUCCGUGCUGACCUUCAUAUAAGUUCUCGCUAACACCACUUGCACCAAUUUACUAUUAAAGACUAUCCGGGGGAUCUUUGUCUUUGCUGUUAACUCACCCCGCGUGUGGUUAGGCGGACGGCCUGACGGGUUGCUCCGAUGCUGUGAACGCGGCUAUUGACCGUCCACUCGCGGUGCGUGUGAACACAGAUUCAUGUGCAUUGAACUGCGUCGUCUGUUUUGAGAUUCGCCGCGCACGGUAGAAUCUGAAGUAAAGUUGUCGUGAAUGUGAAAAUCA